CAUUAGUCUGGCAUAUAAGUAUAAGCAACCAAAAAGAUCUGAACAAAAAGUCAUGAUCUCUAAAGGAACAUUAAGGAGUUCUAAGAGAGUAAAAGUAACCUCAAAGAAAGAUAAAACACAAUCAGAAAAGAAACAGAGCCGAAAGAGACAAGUAAAUAGAGUACGAAGGAAGAAAGCACAAGAAGAAUUCAGAUCUAACAUACAUACAUGCAAUGAAAUGUCUCAUAUAAAUUCUAAUACUGUAGAUAAUAUGAAAGAUGUCUUAUAUAAAAAUGAUAUUUGUCCCAAUCAGCAUGAGUAUUUGCAUCAAAAUAAUCUAGAGAUAAGUAAAACAUCACAAAAAAAUUCAUUUACAACUAAUGAGUACAGUGCAGAAUUUAAAUAUAUGGCAAAUUAUAAACAAGUUAUCAAGCCAUGUUUUGUUAAAUUAAAUGCUUGCACUGUUCAGAAUUAUAUGUUGAACUGCAAAAAGAUUUCACAAAAUAUGCAUGAUGUAUUGUAUAAUGUAGAAUCAAUAUGUACAGGUACUUUACGAACUAAAACAAAUAUUUCUAAAAAACAAAAUGCUAUUUCACAGUCAGUCUCAACUGAAUGUAAUGACUUUAGAAACUUUAAACAUACAUUGAUUAAACAAUGUUAUGUAUCAUUAUGUGAUAAUAUUGUUAAAAAUUGGUACAUAUUGAAAAAAAGAAACAUGAAAGAUUCUAUCAAUAUAAGAAAUGAAUCAAAUGUAUUACAUUCAGUAACUUUUUAUGAUCCAUUCAAAAUUGCUUUAAAUUGCAAUAAAUGUAUUAAACUUCCAUCAAAUUAUAUGAAAGAAAACAAAGAUUUAAUAGAAGAUAGUUUCAAAAAAAUCUUAAAAGUGGAAGAAUUAAAGAUAAGAAAAUUUGUAAAAGAAUAUGAUACAGUAUCUAAUAAAAAACAUAACAUAAUUUCUAGCACUCCUCUUAGCAAACAUGUGAAACCUUCAAACUGUUCAAUAAUAUUUUCUCCUAUUAAUUCUAACAUUUGUGACAAUUGGGGCCAAGAAUGUUCACUAGCGAUUGUGAAAGAUGAUGUAUUUAACACUGAUCAAAAAGAUUCUCAUUCUUUUAUAAUGUCGGAAAGUUAUAAAUUUGAGUCUGUAGAUAUUCAAAAACAACAAAGAAAAGUUUCUUUGUCGUCUCAGAAGUCACAAAUAUCUAUAAAUGUCGCUGUUAAAAACAAACUGACAUCUUAUAAAGAUAAUAUUCAUGUAACUCAGAAAUAUGAAACAAAAUGCAAAAUUGAAACAGAAAAUCUAUAUUCCUUAAAUAUAUCCAUUGCAAGUACUGAUCAAUCACGAUCGUUGUUUGAUGAUACAAAAUAUAAUCACGUUCACUCAGCAAAGGAAGUUGGAAAUAAUAUCGAAAAGGAGUAUUCUACGAAUGCAUUAGGAUGUAAAAAAAUUGAUAUGGCAGAUUCAUUUGCUGAUGCAUGUUUGAAACAAAAGCAAUUAUUAGAUGCUAAUGAAAUAACUGAUACAAACUUGCAACAUACACCAUAUGUAUAUAUAACAAGAAAUUUAAAUUUAAAUAAUAUUACGCAUAUGAAACAAGAAUAUAAAAAUGAAUCUCAAAGAAUUUAUGAUACAGAAAUAAAUACUACAGAAAUGAUUUCUAGAAACUUUGAUGAUGAAGUUGUUAAUUUUAGCAAACACAGUUUAUUUGAUAAAAGUCAAAAUAAUAUUGUCGAGGCUCGCGUAUUGCCUACACGAUUGCAAGAUUCGAUUAGAAUAGGAAAGAGAAUUCAAUAUCCUAAAUGGCAUCUUAGCAUGUCAAAUACUUCUGAUAAUUUGAAUAACGAAUCUACACAAUCAAACAAUGAAGUAAUUUGUCACAUUGCAACCGACAAAGUUUCUGAUAUUCAAUCAACAAUGUAUAAUUCCGACCACUCUAAGAAUAUGAUAAAUUCGUCUUUUGAUUUUUUCGAAUCGGUCGAUGACACAAUUCAAUUAUACAAUUAUACAAAUAAACAAAUGGAGAAAUCUGUUUUUCUAAAACCGGGCAAAUGUUGGGCUAGAUCUCUAUCAAUAUUGAAUAACAUAAAUAAUGGAUCUAAUUUACACAAAUUAAGUAUUGGAAAGGGGAAAAAAUGGAGGCACAGUGUCAGAGAUUUAUUAGACAUGCAAAAACAAGGAAUUUCCGAAAAUUACUUAAAUAAAAAAGAUGAUACGGACAUAUUCAGCAAUAAGUUUAAUGCAUCCAAUAUAUCUGACAGUAACUGUGAUAAAAAAUCCAAUUUAACAAAUCAUGAUAGGUUUUCAAAAAGGAUUUCGAUGAGAGUUGUUCUUAAUAAUAUAAGUAUUAAGAGCGAUAUCAAGGACACUCCAUUUCUUGAGGCAUUUGGAAUAAUAAUAGAAAAAUCUCCGAAUUUGAAACAAGCAUACCGAAAAGAUUCACUGACAUAUGAUGAUCAAAUUAUUAAACAUUCCGCAACCGCGAGAGAUGUUAUCUUGCAAAGAUGUUCACAAAAUGAUUAUAUGCAUUUUUCAGAUUGUUUUCCAGAUUCCUAUUUAGAACACUGCCAUAAAAUAGGCGAAGGUGUUUAUGGAGAAGUUUUCCUCCAUGAAUAUGGCGGUAAAAAAUCUGUUAUAAAAAUUAUUCCUAUAGAAGGUAAACAGUUGGUUAAUGGUGAGCCACAAAAAAAAUUUAAUGAAAUAUUGUCAGAAAUUGUGAUUGCAAAGGAAUUAGAUAAUCUAAGAUUAAAUGCUACAUAUAAAACUAGUGGAUUUGUAGAAGUUAAAAAUAUCAGCUGUAUUAUAGGAAAAUAUCCAAAAAAGCUCAUAGAACUUUGGAAUGUUUACGACAACGAUAAAGCAUCAGACAAUGACUGCCCAUCAAUGUUUGAUGAAACUCAAUUAUAUAUCGCUCUUGAACUUGGUCAUGGUGGAGAGGAUCUCGAAGCUUUUGUUUUUCAAACUGCAGAAGAGACCUAUGCUCUAUUUUUACAGAUAGCAUUGGCGUUAGCAGUUGCAGAAAAGGCACUUGAAUUUGAACAUAGAGAUAUGCAUUGGGGUAAUAUAUUAGUACAAAAUACAAAGGAACCAUAUAUAUAUUAUGACAUGGACGGAAAAGAGAUCAAACUUCCCAGUCAUGGUGUAAAAAUGUCUAUAAUAGAUUUUACGUUAUCGAGAAUGUUAUAUCAAGGAUGCUGCAUAUAUAAUGAUCUUGCAUUAGAUCCAGCUUUAUUUACUGCUCAUGGCGAAUAUCAAUUUGAGAUUUAUCGUCUUAUGCGCGAUAAAAUUCAGAAUAAUUGGCAAAAGUUUGAACCAUAUACUAAUGUUCUGUGGUUGCAUUAUAUUUUGGAUAAGAUGAUUACGGCGGUAAGAUACAAAAAGAAGAAUUUAAAAAUACAUAGACACGCCAUUAUUAAAUUAAGAAAAUUCAAAGAUACAAUUUUAAAUUAUGACAGUGCAGUCGAUUUUGUAAUCAAUUCUAAUAAUGUUACAUAUCUAUGAUGCAAGCCAAAAGAUGAAAAAAUAUUUGAACAACAAAUCAAAUUUCGCAAAAUUUUUGUUAUAUUUAGUAAUAUAAUUAUAUAAUAAAUGUAUUAAGACAUAUAACAUUAAGAUAUGUAAUAAC